GGCGGAGGAGGAGCUGGAGGGAGGGGGCGGGGCAGGCCCGGCCCACCGCCUCGCCGCCCCCUUUCGUGGGACCCUCUUUAAAAGCCCCCGGCCGCCUCCCGGAGCGCCAACAACUGCACCCGCAGCCUCGGCGGCCGCCGGCUCCUCCGUCGGUGCCCGGAUUUGCGGAGGGUAGCCCGUGGCGGCACUGCCUGGGUCCCCCAUCCCCGGGAUCGGGGAAGCCGGGGGGGGGGGAGGGGCGUCUGGAUGCUGCAAGCGUCCAGGCAGUAGCCACCACCCCCUCCAUGCGGCUGCCCACCAUGUCCGGGAACUUUCUGCUGGCCCCCAUCCCAGAGGCCUCCGCGGAGCCCACGCCGAGCAGGGAUGUCAAGCUGGCCGUGCUGGGCUCGGGCCGCGUGGGAAAGAGCGCAAUUAUUGUACGCUUCCUGACCAAGCGAUUUAUUGGCGAUUAUGAACCCAAUGCAGGGAAGCUGUACUCGCGACUCGUCCACAUCGAGGGAGACCAGCUGUCCUUACAGAUCCAGGACACGCCAGGCUGUAUCCAGGUCCGAGAAGACUCGGCUCAGGCAUUGGAGUCCCUCUCCGGGUGUGUGCGGUGGGCGGAGGGCUUCCUGCUGGUGUUCUCCAUCACGGACUACAGCAGCUACCAGGCCAUCCGGCCCCUCUACCAGCACAUCCGCAAGGUCCACCCGGACGCCAACGUCCCCGUCGUCAUCGUGGGGAACAAGGGGGACCUGCUGCACGCCCGGCAGGUGCAGGCCAGCGCCGCCCUCCAGCUGGCCGACGAGCUGGGCGGCGCCUUCCUGGAAGUGUCCACCAGCGAGGACUACGAGGGCGUGUGCGCCGUCUUCCGGCAUCUGUGCCGGGAGGUCGGCAAGCUGCAGGGCGGCGGGGACAAGAGGCGCCCCUCCGUCAUCUCCAGACCCAAAUCGCCCAACGUGCAGGACCUGAAGAGGCGUUUCAAGCAGGCCCUGUCCUCCAAAGUCAGAUCGCCCCCACUGUUGGGGUGAGCGCGGCCCCGCUACUCCGGCGGGCAGCGGGACGGACUGGUUUUAUCGCUUACUCGAGAGUUUAUAUUUUUGUACAGCCGUCGUCGAUUUUCUCGUGGGUGUGGUGCGCGGCGCGUGAGAAGAUGUUUCCCCACGGCCGUUCGGGGACUUUUUGUAAUAGAAUCUGUAUCGCGCCAGAGCGGACGAGCGCCGGUCCUUUUCAUUAAAGGCAAAUCGAUACAGA